AUGGAGCUGAACCAGACAUCCCCACUUCCUACACCACCCACGCUGACCACCGAUGGAGACGAUCCGUGCAGGAUAGAGGUCACCGACAUGGCCAUAGACACUGUCACGGUGCUCAUCUGCCUCUGUGGGCUGGUGGGGAACGGGGCUGUCCUCUGGCUCCUCGGCUUCCGCAUCCGCAGAAACCCCAUCACCGUCUACAUCCUCAACCUGGCCGUCGCCGACUUCACCUUCCUCCUCUUCAUGGUCGCCUCAGCCCUCAUCUACGUGAUGCGUAACGUCUCCUGCUCCACUGUUGUGUCUAUGAUGUACCUGAGGUCGCUUUUCCUGCUCUCGCUGUUCUCCUACAACAUGGGCCUGUACCUCCUGACGGCCAUCAGCAUCGAGAGGUGCGUGUCCAUCCUCUGCUCCAGCAUCCGCCGCCUCCAGCACCUGUCGGCCGUGGUGUGUGCCCUGCUCUGGGCCCUCUCCAUCAUUGUCAUUGCUGCAGUGACUUCUCUGUGCCUGUUGCACGAGCACGAGCACUGUCGGAUGGCUCUCAUCUCCAUGUACGUCCUCAACUUCCUCAUCUUUGCCCCACCCAUGGUCAUUUCCAAUGUGAUCCUGUUCAUUAAGGUCCUGUGUGGCUCCAAGCGACGUCAACCCAAGAGGCUCUACAUCGUUAUCUUCCUCACCGUCCUCUUCUUUCUCACCUUUGGGGUUCCCCUCAGCAUCUGGAAUUUCCUGCAGCAGUUCAGCUACACCGUCGUGCCCUCCCAGGUUGUUUUCCUGCUCGCCUGCAUCAACAGCAGCAUCAACCCCUUCAUCUACUUCUUGGUGGGGAGCUGCCGGAGGCACUGCUCCUUGGUGUCCCUCCAGGUCGCCUUCCGGAGGGUCUUCGAAGAGACGGGGGUCACCACGAUCUACAGCUAA